AUUUCAGAUUGACACAUGAAAUCUCAGCUGGAGAUGUAACCAAAUGCAACCUAUAAAACUUUAAUCAUAAUUCAAAACAAAAUAUAAUUUUAAAAGAUUUUUUGCUUGAUGCUUUGCAAAAUGUCGCAACAGUUGAUAAACGAACAAAGCAAAUAUAUUUUAGACUUAUUUUCUGAACAGACGAUUGACUCACAAGCUUUAGACAUCCUCUCCACGCAAGUCCAGAAAAGGUUUCCUAAAACAGAACAUUUCAACUUAUGUCUUCUUCUAUCAUCAUUAAUCACGGGAGGGGACCUGUCCCUCCCUGGACAGCGUGUGGUAGCUCUGGCCAUCAUAUUUGACGCAUACAAGCAAGAGAACCCAUUCAGUUCUUUAUUCCUGCACCUUUUAGAAGGCAAACCAGGUUUACUACCCUUAGCUCCUCAAGAGAGGUUAUUUAUUGGACAACUCUUUGGAUUCCUGCCUGUAAAUAUAAAAGAUAUAUUAAAGAAAACAGCAAAGCAAGUAAUGUUAACGGAAGUUAUAUCAAAAGAUUUAGAUUUUGACUAUUCAUCACUGCAAUCAGUAUUAGCUGAGAGGGCGAUAGAGACGAGCUCAGUGGCCAAGGCGACUGUAUCAGCACUUAUACCACUUGGUGAUGGGAGUCCGCCUAACCGCAUAGCGAUGAAGGAGUUACUGGAGGCCUUAAUGGGCAACGACUACUUGCCACUGCACCGCACGCUGCGCGCCGCCGGACCCAUUCCACCUCCCACUUUCCUGCUCGACCCCACUGAGAUAUCCUUUGCUGAUGAGGGUGUUUGGAAAAACCUGGUUAACCAUGGCGCGUACCUACCGCUAUACGACACUGACUAUGAAGGAUUGCUUGGUUUAAAACCGCCAGAGAAAGUUCCAGAAAGAAGAGUCCUACAACAGCCUAAGACAAAGGAGGAGAAGAAAGAGAGAAAAGAAGAACGUGAGGAGAAGAAGCCAGAGGAGAAGGAUAUGGCGGGCGCGUUGUCGGAAGCGCGUGAGCUGACCCAGCUUGCGCUGAAGGGCGCGCUCAGUGUGCCGCACCAGCAGCGCCUGCUGGCACUGCUAGACCAGGACCCCAACAUCGUCUACGAGAUCGGUGUCACGCCCUACCAACUGCCGGAGCUGGUGGAGAACAACCCAAUGGUGGCAAUCUCAGUGCUGCUAAAGUUGAUCCACUCGCAGCACAUCACCGAGUACUUCAGUGUGCUUGUCAACAUGGAGAUGUCAUUGCAUUCCAUGGAGGUCGUUAACAGGCUAACAACGUCAGUGGACCUGCCGGUGGAGUUCGUGCAUCUGUACAUCAGCAACUGUAUCUCAACUUGUGAGACAAUCCGUGACCGCUACAUGCAGAACCGGCUCGUCAGGCUCGUAUGCGUCUUCCUGCAGUCUCUCAUCAGAAACAAGAUCAUCAAUGUUAAGGAACUAUUCAUAGAAGUGGAGGCGUUUUGCGUAGAAUUCAGUAGGAUCAGGGAAGCGGCCGCGCUCUUCAGGUUGCUUAAGCAAUUGGACUCAGGAGAAGGACACAAGGAUACAAAGGACAACUAGCGAAUGGACUGGACUCAAUCCCACGCCCAACAGUGAGCUAAAAACUAAACCCACGUCCACUCAACUGUUGGGAUAGUCCUAGAAAUGGGCUUUUGGGUAAUGGGCUAGGCCCACAUGUCCAAUAUUGGGCGAUGUAGUCGCCCACACAUUUGACCGUGUAACUAACGAAGCAAUUCUUACAGACUGUAUAGAAUAAUGAUAUUUAAGACUAAUAACUUAAUAUUAAGUUAGGACUAAGUGUGCAAGAUUAUUUUCUUACGAUAUGCGAAAACUGUGUAAUUUUUAUUGUAAUUUAUUUAGGUGUUAGGCAAAACGUGUCCUGUUAUGCCUUAAUAUUACUCUAACCUACAAAAUGUAUAAAAUUCAAUGAAAAUAAUUUUUAAGUAACAUAAAUGAAUUGCUUUUUCUAAUUAAUUAAAAUCAACCCUAAAUCAUGAAAUAAAUCAAAAUAAAAAUUAUAAUUUCGAUAAUAAAUUAUUAACCUUUUCGUUAUUAUACGAUAUGGUGAAAUAUAUUUCAUCUAUAGUAUUAAAAAAAAUAAUGACCAAAUUUAUUUAGCAACUUGUCAAAUAACUGCGUGACAUUACAACAAAAGAAUAGAGCGCGAGUCAGGGACCGCGAUAUUUUUCUUGCUUGUAAAGGUUUCCCUCUAACCCGAGUUUCUGACUUAUGGAGGUUGUCCAUUUGGAUUGGACAAAGACUCUUUCUUAUAGAGAUUUAACUGUAUAUUUACCCAAAUCAACAGCUAAAUCUUGUAGAGUCCAAUUUGUUUUUUAUGAAAAACCUUGUGGUUACAAGUAUAAAAUAUUUUUACGUAAAACAUGUUAUUUUUUAUCAUAUUCCUGUAAUUUUAUUUGGCAAUUGAUGCAAUCAAGAUUAUGUAAAUAUGGGAAAAUUAUUAAAUCAUCUUACAGUAAUUUACUCAACAGAUAAAAAAAUUUUGUAUGUAAAAAAGUUUGCCUAUAUGUUGCCAUUGCGGAGAUUUAAAACAAUAAUGUCACUAUAACAAAUAAGUUUUAUAUUUCGUUAAUAAAAUAAAUCAUAUGAUUGCAGGGUGGAUUAUUACUUUAUUAGUUGUUUUAUUUAGCAGUCAUUUUUAUAAAAUUGAGGCAUAAGAUUUUUUUGUUGCGAAAGUAACGAAAUCUUUUCUUUCGUCGUGUCACUUUCGUAACGUAAUAAUAGCAACAAGGCAAUAAAAAUAGGGAACUUUUUUUCUGAAGUGUGGUAACUACGAAAUAUUUUCACUAAUUCUAAGUAUAUGUCAUCCUUCAAUCCCAUCCAUAAUAAUAAGAAUUAUUU